AUGAAGACCACACUCUACCUAAGUUUGCUCCUGGCUGGGUUUCACACUGUUGCCCACAGUCAGCUCCCACCCAGCGACCACAAUGGACAUGAUCCAAAUGACCCUAAACAUCACGUACAUCAUGGAGGUGAAGCAAUCGCUUGCCUCAAACUUGUGCCAAACAAUGCUGACUUUGCAUUCCAGUUUUUUAGGGAGGUUACACAGGAGGAACCUAAUAAGAACAUUUUCUUCUCUCCUGUGAGCAUCUCCUCUGCCUUUGCAAUGCUGGCCCUUGGGGCUAGAUCAGCCACACAGUCUCAGAUUCUGGAAGGACUCACCUUCAACCUUACAGAGAUUCAGGAGAAAGAGAUCCAUGAAGGCUUCCACAACCUAAUCCACAUGCUGAACCAUCCUGAGGGUGGAGUCCAGCUCAACAUGGGAAAUGCCAUCUUCGUAACAGAGAAGCUGAAACUCCUAAAAAAGUUUUUAGAUGAUGCCAAAGCUCUGUAUCAGCUGGAGGCUUUUACAACUGACUUUAACAAACCCACAGAAGCUGAAAAUCAGAUCAAUGAUUAUAUAGAGAGGAAAACACACGGGAAAAUUACUAAUUUGGUCAAGGACAUGGACCCACACACUGUAAUGCUUCUGGCUAGCUUUGUUUUCUUUAAAGGCAGCUGGGAAAAGCCUUUUAAACCAGAGCAUACUGAAGAAAGGGAGUUCUUUGUGGAUGCUGAAACAACAGUGAAAGUCCCUAUGAUGCACCAGAUGGGCAGAUUUGACUUCUAUUUUGAUGAGGAUCUGUCAUGCACUGUCGUACGGCUGCAUUAUAAUGGGAGUGCUACUGCAUUUCUAGUUCUGCCAGCAAAAGGGAAAAUGAAGCGGUUAGAGCAAACUCUGGACAAGGAAACCAUCCAGAAAUGGUCAGACCAUCUCCUCCAAAGCUUUAUGAACCUCUACUUCCCCAGAUUUUCUAUUUCUGGGAGCUAUGAAAUAAGUGACAUCCUUAGAAAGAUGGGAAUUGUAGAUGUGUUCACCAACCAGGCAGAUCUCUCUGGCAUCACUGGCACCCUAGAGCUGAAGGUUUCCAAAGUUGUCCACAAGGCAUUUCUGGAUGUUGAUGAGAAAGGUACUGAAGCGGCAGCAGCAACUACUAUUGAAAUAAUGCCAGUGGCUUUUCCUCCAACCAUUGAAUUCAGCCAUCCCUUCCUCAUGCUGAUUUUUGAUAGAGAUACAAACAGUACACUCUUCAUAGGAAAAAUAGUUAACCCGGCUAUGACUAGCUGA